CGGCAAUUGCGCACACCUUCGUCUCUCUCUCUCCAAACACAAGACAGGCGACAGACAACAGUGAUGGGUGCGACAGACAUGCUGCGCGGUGGCUGCCCUGUCAUCCAUAAGAAGGGUGAUGACGGUGCAGGUGGAGAGCAGACGGAGGUGAUGCAGGCACCAGCCAGCUGCGCGUCUGAUGCGGGUGCGAGCGUGAACCCAAACAACCAGAUGCUGAUUCAGGAGAAGCAGGCACCAAGCAUUGGGCAGAGCGCACCGCUUCCAACCAACCGCGUCAUCUCCUCCAUCCCCAAGGCCGACUUUACCCCAGCCCACCAAGAGCAAGGCGAGUCCCAUUGGCACUACCCGUCGGAGCAGAUGUUCUACAAUGCCAUGAAGCGCAAGGGGUGGAAGCCCGAGGAGCGGGACAUGUCCACGGUCCUCGCCAUCCACAACGCCGUCAACGAGACGGCAUGGCGGCAGGUGCAGGAGUGGGAAGGCCUCCACGCAGAGACUUCUGAGGAGGUGAAGCUGACUCGGUUCAUGGGCCGUCCAAAGGACCUAACACCAAAGGCCUUCUUCCGCGGUCUCCUCGGGCCAAUGAGACGCCCGUUUUACCCUCACGCAUUGGUAUGUAAUGGCGCCGUGGACGAAGGAGCGCUGGAUUCGCCGACAAGCGUGCUGGACCGCGUGCGUAUGGGGUUCAAGCGCAUCUUUGCGUCGCAGCCGCCACUCAAGAGCAGCUCCGUCGUGCCCACACUCGUCACCCGCGACACAACCCCACACACCGGCACUGGCAGCACUGGCAGCAGCACACCUGCAGCAGCUGACAAGGCUUGA